CACAUGAUUGGGAGGGGAUUGGAACACCUGAAUCACAUGAUUGGGAGGGGAUUGGAACACCUGAAUCGCAUGAUUGGGAGGGGAUUGGAACACCUGAAUCACAUGAUUGGGAGGGGAUUGGAACACCUGAAUCACAUGAUUUGGAGGGGAUUGGAACACCUGAAUCACAUGAUUGGGAGGGGAUUGGAACACCUGAAUCACAUGAUUUGGAGGGGAUUGGAACACCUGAAUCACAUGAUUUGGAGGGGAUUGGAACACCUGAAUCACAUGAUUGGGAGGGGAUUGGAACACCUGAAUCACAUGAUUUGGAGGGGAUUGGAACACCUGAAUCACAUGAUUGGGAGGGGAUUGGAACACCUGAAUCACAUGAUUGGGAGGGGAUUGGAACACCUGAAUCACAUGAUUGGAGGGGAUUGGAACACCUGAAUCACAUGAUUGGGAGGGGAUUGGAACACCUGAAUCACAUGAUUUGGAGGGGAUUGGAACACCUGAAUCACAUGAUUGGGAGGGGAUUGGAACACCUGAAUCACAUGAUUGGGAGGGGAUUGGAACACUAGA